UUAACAUUCAGCAAAACCAGAAAUACCCAAGAUGGCGGCAAAAGUAGGCGAAUUUGAAUAUGCAACUCAACUUUUCGGCUUUACUCCUAAUGCGUUUGUGGACGGCAUUUAUAAUGCACUUAACGACUACAUUAAGGAGUUCUUUAAAGAGAUGGGCAAAGUUUUAGACGAGGAAUUCGCGAAAGGCGAUGCGAUUUUGAGCUCAAAAAUCAGAGAGGGUUGCAAAGAAUUGAUCGCGAAAUGCUAUCAAAAUGUCGAUAAAAACAUCGACAGAAUGGAAGUGUUCUUGUUAAAGAAUGUUUUUGUUAUCCCUGAAACGCUUUUGCUGCCAGAAGACGAAGCACACAAAGGGAGUGUUUUAAAAGAUGAAAAUUCUUUGACUGAGUCUAGUUUGGAUAAAGAGAUUUUGGAACUUAAAACUGAGAUUUUGAAGGAGAUUCGUUAUAGAGAACUUCUGCAGUGUGAACAGCAAAGAUUGAGGAAAAUCCUAGGAGAGCUUAAAAGGUCUAUAAAUAAUUUAGUUACGGUCAAUUGGCAGCACCCAACUUCCCAUGGAAGCCACAAAGGGCUAAGUGCUAGGGGGUGAUACUUAUACCAGAAACUGUAAUAUUUUUGUUGACGACAGGGGAAUAACCUCUUCAAAACCUCCUACCCUGGUUUAAACGUGGGUGUCAGUGCUGGACACUAGGGGGACAACUCCCUCCUCCCACCCACCCCCAAUAACUUCUUAUGAUAGCCUUUCAAUGAUAGCUGAGUAACAAUGUAACAAAGCUGUAACAAUAGUAAAAGCAUUGGUAAACUAAAUCUAUAUAUUGCAUGAAAUUUAAGGCACAAAAGGUCUACAAAAGGUGGUCAUAUGUUGGCAACCUGAUUCCCUCACUCCCCUGAAUAUUUUGCAAAGUGUCUGCCACUAAUGAGUAGGUUUGUCUGCACUGCUUGUCCCAAGUUGUUAAGCUGUUAACAAUUUCUAACAACCUUGUUGAUAUUAUCAGACCUGUUGCAAGGUUGUUGUAACAAGUCCAAUACAGUCAUGAUAUAACAAUAUUGUUACAACUUUGUGUUGUCAAUCUUGUAACAUUCUUGUUAUAUCAUGAUUGUAUCAGACUUGUUAGAACAAUCUUGUAACAAGUCUGAUAAUGCCAUCAAGCUUGUUGCAAGUUGUUAACAGUUUGUUCCAAACUUGUUACAACAACUGGGAACAAGCAGUGCGAACACAACUUGUCGACAGCUUGUGAACAGAUUUGUAACAACUUGUUUGCAGGCAACCUGAAACAACUUGUGCAUUUUUACGUAUAGAUAUUAUGUAAUGCAAUUCCACACCCUGGCUUGACAAUUGUGAGUGAUUUGUCAAGUUCUACAUUUAUAAUAAAUGGUUUAUAUUUUUAAUAACUUAUAAUUUUAGACUAGAAGAAUGGUUUGACAAAAUCUGCAGUGAAGUAAACCAAAACAAUUUGAAGGAUGCUAUUGACCUUGUUUCAACAAACAGUGCGAAAAUCAUGGAUCUCUUGGAGAGUGAAAAACAGAUAAAAAAUUAAUUUUAUUUUCUAUAACUUAUUUGCUGGGUAGCAUGCAAGGGGUACACCCUGCUGAAUACCACAAUUACCACCCCAACCCCACACAAAAAAUUAUAAUUGGGAUCAACCUGUCACAAUGGAAAGCCAAUGUUCUGUGUCCAAAGUGUGCCUUUCAGUUUUCCAGUGUUUGCCUUUAAGGACAAAUAGUGCAAGCUAGUGAUAUUUGUCAACAUUUAUUUUGGAAUAUUGUUAUUUAACAAUUAUUCCCCGAAGGCGAGGUGAUUAUCGGUGAAUAAAAACCGAGACGAAGUCGAGGUUUUUAUUCACGAUAAUCACCGAGCCUGAGGUGAAUAGUCAAUCGAGAUUGUUUUAGUAUAAUUUCAUAGGUGAUUAUUUGGAAAAAAAAUAAGAAAAUACACAUUUCUUCGUCAUUUAAUUGACAAAAAGGCUUCGGCCGCCAUUUUGAAAAUUGCUUAGGUGAUUAUCGCGUAAUAAUCACCUCAACGGCAACCAAUCAGCGUGGAGAAUUUUCAAUAAUCACCUAUGUAAUUAUACUAAACAGUAUUAUUCAUUGAUACGUAAUCAUGAUAUAUUACAUACCGUUUAUCAGACAUUUAAUAUAUUUUCUGGCCAUUUAUACUGUUUCAUAUAUUUACUUCCAGUAUAUAUUUACCAAAAGCCCACUUAGUACUUUUGCAAAUUCUGUCAUUUGAUUGACAAUUUUAUGGUUGUACUAUGUCAAUCAGAACCAAAUGCAGUGAGCCUUGGUAUGGCCUAGUAUUGGUUUUAGGUGAAGCAUUCAAAGCGCAGUUAAACCCAAC